AUGCAUUCUCUUCUCUUAUUUUUUGCCCUCGUCGCAGGAAUUUCCGCUUACUCAAUCACUCUUCCGAAGCAAUGCGAACUCCCAUUGGAUAUGGGAAUAUCGCCAUGUAAAGGUGGAAAGAAGGAGAUUAGAUAUCAUUUCGACACCAAAGCUUUUAUCCCUCUUGCCUUUGAAUACACUGGAUGUGGAGGUAACGAGAACAGCUUUAAGAGCGAAGGAGAGUGCCGUAACUUUUGUCUUGGAAUUGAUUUCAACAGUUGUGCAGCUGGAAGCAAGCCUUUCCCAAAACCAGAAACUUGUCAGGAAGAUAAAGAUUGCGGACCAAAGGGAAAAUGCACUUGGGGAAAUGGUUUCAAGAUUUGUUGUGAUAAGAAGAUAACGGAGAAGUUCGAAGCUGAUUGGGAACCAAAGUGUCCAAGGGGAAAGAUGGCUGUGAAAGUCCAACAGGGAGGUAUCCCGUUGCUUGUGGUUGGAAAGACUUGCAAAUCGAAAUUCUGUCCAGCUGGAGCUACUUGUGUUGAAGGAAAUUAUUUUGCUAGUUGCUGCAAAUAA